ACUCGCGCACGAGCUGAUGCUUGGUGUCGGCUUACCCGGCCCUGGCGUUGGAUUGGGUGGUAACGGCGGCGGCGGUGGCAACAGUAUAUGCGGUGCGCUAAGUGGCGGCGGCGCUACAUCACCUACAACUUCCACCGCCUCUGCAGGUAUUGUCGGCUGUGGCAGUAGUAGUGGCAACGGCGGUAGCGGCAGCGGCUUUGGUAUAUUGCUGGGCUCUGCCUGCAGUACACUGCCACAUCCACCAUCAUCCGCAGCUGCAGCUGCUGCGGUGUCCAACGCUUUGGCAGCGGCAUCAGCAACAUGUGGCGCAGUGGGCAGUGCAACGGCGAAUUUAAAUAGAAAUUUGGUAAUACUCCGAAAUCAUUUGCGCAAAAACACAAACAUACCGGCAACAGUGACAUCGACGACAUCAGCGGCGCAGCUAGCAUCAGCAGCAGCAGCAUUGACGUCGCUGCCGCCAGCACCCACAGCCGUCAGCAUGGGUAUAUUUAACGACAUUACGCCCACCAACAGCGACACCAGCAUACUCAGCGGUGCGUUGAGCAGCGCCACCAUCAACAAUAUUAACACCAAUUUGGAUAGGGAUCAAUAGCGCAGCAGUAAAUUAAGUGGUAUUUUUCAUUUACUGCCGUUAUUUCGUUAUUUUAAUUAAAAAGCAACAACAAAUAA